AUUAAUUGUCAAGUUAAAUCAUCUUCCCAUUGAACACUCUCAGAUUAAACUAUACGAAUCUGUAUCUAUAUUCAAUGUUUUAUUCUUAUAGAUAGUGAAUAAGAGUUGUGUUUUACACCCGAGACAAAACUUGUUGGAACAGACACAUUUUAUAUGUCAACAUAUUCAUUUAGGAAGCUAUACAGAUGUGUACAAGAAAUAUGGAGUUAAUCAUGAAAUUUUAGACACAGAUUUUAAUCCAACAAGGAUGACUACUCCUGAAGUUUUACCAAAUAAUUUUAAUCAGAAUUUGCACAUAGACAAGGCAGGCCUUGCCAGUAAAAGAUUGACAUUUGGAACUCCUUCAUAUCCUUCCCCACUUGAUAGGAUAAGAGGAGGGAGAAAUGACAGAGCCAACCAGUUUGGUCUCCUGGUUGGAAAAGAAGCAUCAUUUGAAGGCAACCAGUCUUAUCCUAAAAUAAACAGGGGCCAGUUAUGUCUGGAUGAGACCAUGAUGAAACCUAAAACAGCCAGAAUUAUUCAAGGUUCCAAGUUAAAUGAUGUGAGUUAUUCACCAGCUAGAAGUAAAGGAUCCUUUCUGAGUCCCCAUGAUUCUAGUCUGAACAUGUCCAAUCAUGAGAAUUGGUCAUUCUAUAAUUAUCUUGGUGGUCACUCAACUUCAGCAUUCCCGACUACAGUACGGAAUCCAAACAAAGCUAUUUGUACAAUAAAUGCUAAAACAUCAGAGAUUUUAAUUGCCAAUGACAUUGCCUGUGUUUUGUUUGGUUAUGAGUUAGAAAAUCUGAUUGGAAAGAAUUUGAAAGAUCUGAUAAAAUUAAAACCCAAAGAUCAGGCUACCAUUAGUGAAUCACAUUUGGAUGAAGCCUCUGGUGAAAUGGUAUCAAUUUCUGGAAAAGUGGUUGAUGCCUCUGACAGUGAAGGUAUUGUCAUGCCAGUUUCUAUCUGGGUACGGAAGUUAAACUGUAAAACAGAGCCAAGGUGUCUGGUGGUUAUGGAACCAGUUGAGAGAACUGUUGCCAUGGUUACAUUUAAUAAUAAGGGUGUGAUUCUAUCAUGUGACCAUCAGUUGGCGUACCUUCAUGGUUUUGAUUCUCCUGAUGACUUGGAAGGUCUUGAUAUGACACAGUUGAUACCAUCAUUUAAUAUACCUAUGACAUCAUCAUCUCUCACAAAGGAAAUUCGUAAGCAGCAAGCAACAGGCAGAACAAAAGAUGGAGUACCUUUCCCACUGAGUAUUUCUGUUAAAAUGGCAUCAGAGAUAGAAGAUGAUCCAAGGAAUAUACCACCGAAUCAAAAGGAUGGUUGCUAUGACAACAUCUACCUUGGGAUUGUAUGGGUAUUUUCCAGCAUCAGUGGACUGAUUACAUUUUACCCUGAUGGAAAGAUACAGUCCAUUAAUGAGAACUUUUCUCGUUUGUUGUUUGGUUAUAGUAGUGAAGAACUUAUAGGAAAGAACAUUUCUAUGCUGAUCCCUGAAAUAAGUGAAAUCUUAGAAGAUAAAGGAUUUAAAGCACCUAUGGAAGAUUUAGGAGAGGAUGAAAGUGUUCAUAUAAAGAAGAAGAAAUUGUUUGAGACAGACAGUAGUGAGGACCAAGGAAUUGGUAGUAGCAUUGUAUCUGGUCUGGCUGGAAGAGUGGACAUACCAAUGGAAGGUCUAGGUGAUCUGAAACCAGGUGUCACAUCUACACCCAAUAAAGUCAAUUCAGAGUCUUUUCUCAAGAGAGCUCUUGAAACGGAGAAUAGUAAAUCUAUCAAAAAUAUUUCACCUUUAGCUGAAUCUGAUUCAAUAGCCAUCAAAUUAAACCUGGAUUCUGACAGUGAUAGUGAUGACAUCAUUAAGCCUCUUUAUAAAUCAGAUGUCAGGUCACCUGUACGUUUAAGUGAUGUAUCUACUUCAAGUACAGAAACUAUACCCACUGCAAGGGAGGUGAAGAAAUUUUUUCCUCCUAUUGUGCCUGAUGCUGGGGGUGAAAUUCCAUCCACAAAUGUUCGAAACUCAGUUGAGGUUGAAACAAUAGAAAAUCUUCCAAAUGAAGUGCAAUAUACUGAUAGAAUUGAUGAUUUAAGUGACAUUGAAUCUGACAAUGACCCUUCUGACCUAAGUACUAGUACCGCUGAACUUUUAUCUGCCAAAGUAGAAUUAAUGAAAUUACGGUCCACAGAAGACUUACUGAACCAGAGUUUAACCUCAGAACAGUUUGACACUUCAGGUCAAGGGGCAUCCGGGGACAUAAGCAACAAUUGUCAAUCAAGUAGUGCAAAUAAAGAAGUGACUGAUGAAAGUUGUCAUGACAACCCGAUUCAAAACAACAUUGAUUUUAUACCCCCCUGUGGUGACAACCAUUAUUUAGACAGUAGUAGCACAGAGUCGGACUAUUCAUGUGAUGAGGAACGUCCGAUUCCCAAACAUAUUUUAUCUCCGCUGACUGGGACGUCAUGGGAAGAACCAGGCACUGAUAGUAACUUAACAGACCUUAUGCCAGAAUACGACUCGAGUUUGGCUGAAAAAAUGGGUGGAUAUUCUGCCAGUAAUGGCUCAGAUUCUAUGCAACUGUCAAAUCAGUCUCUGUCAUAUUCAAAAUCACGGAGUCCGAGGAAACAUCGUAGACGGCAUGGUGAUAGGAAAUCAGUCAAAGACUUGCAGACAAGUAGUGGAGUGUAUGAUAAGAGUAAUUAUACUGAAGGGAGCUUUGCUGGAGCUUGUGUUCAUAAAGAUGGUUCACAUUUAGGUGUAAUUUUCCAAGUAAAGAAAGUGGAAUUAGAUGAUGGUACCUCAACAUAUUGUAUGUGGGUGUCACGUGACCCAGAGGAUGCACCAGAGUAUGGAAAGUCUUUUGCAAACCUGACGUUGGCCUCCACUUUUAACAGUACAAUGGAUAAAUCUAAUUGUAGUUUAGGAGAGAUGGUUGUUGAUAAGAAUGAUAAUGAGGAAAAAGAGGCUGACACUGCAGAGGAGGAAUCUCCUGGUAGAGGACAGUAUGAUCUGAAAUAUGACACCAUGGAUUCCAUAGGCAAAGGAGCUUUUGGUUUUGUUAAAACUGCAUUGAGAAAGACUGAUGGGGAGGAGGUUGUUGUGAAGUUCAUUAGAAAAAGUAAAGUUCUGUCAGAAUGUUGGAUAACAGAAAGAAGUGGGGACAAAAUCCCUAUGGAAGUAGGCCUGCUGAGAAAAUUAUCUCACCCUAAUAUUGUAUCUGUGAUAGAUGUGUUUGAGAAUGAUGAUUAUGUACAGAUGGUAAUGGAGAAACAUGGCAGUGGAAUGGAUCUGUUUGAGUUUAUUGACAGGAGUCCUCUACUAGAUGAGACACUGGCUAGUUAUAUUUUUAAACAGAUGGUAAGUGCUAUAUCAUACCUCCACAAGAAUGGCAUUAUACAUAGAGAUGUGAAGGAUGAGAAUGUGAUAUUAAACGAGAGCUUCCAGAUUAAGUUGAUUGACUUUGGUGCUGCAGCCUACCUGGAUACUACUAAACUGUUUGGAACAUUCUGUGGAACAUUGGAAUACUGCAGUCCAGAAGUUCUAAUGGGAAAUAAGUAUGAAGGUCCAGAGUUAGAAAUGUGGUCCAUGGGAGUGACAUUAUACACUUUGGUAUUUGGAGAGAACCCUUUCUUUGAUGUAGAUGAAACAAUACAGUGUGUUUUGAAACCACCAUUUGUUGUAUCUAGACCGUUGAUGUUUUUACUAAUGGGUUUACUGCAUCCAGAUCCUAGAAAGAGAACCAGUAUAAAGGAGUGUGAGAAGGACCUGUGGGUUAACCAACCAAUAGAUAUCUCUAUGUACAAGUGGGAGGAUGUACUACCUAACUCGGAGUUUCAUGGGAACACUGCAUCAGAUAACAGAAUGGACUCCCCAGACAUUCACAAAACACAUGAAAAAUGGCUAAAACACAGUAAUCUUGUACCAAGCUGAUACAAAUAAAAAUGUGCUGAUAGAAUUGUCAAAAUCAAAAAUCACCAAAUCUACUCAUGAAACAGAUUAUAAUAGUGCAUCUGACAGGAGAAAUAUUUUUUAAAUAGUGCCAUUUUAAAAAAGGACUUCAUUUCCUGUAUUAUAAACAGAGUCCUGAUGUAACAAGAGGUGUUCCAGGAAUAAUGGUAUAAGGGAGAGGAGGUGCUUUUUAAUUUAGCCCACCAUGCAUACAUUUUUAUUGAUUAUUUCAAAUAUUUGUUUAGGACAUCUUUAUUAAAAAAACAACUAAAUUUAAAAAGAAGUGCUAAUCAUGUUCAAAUACAAUUAAUCCUGGAACAGUUCUGAGGUGAUCAUGAUUAAUUCAGAAAUUUUGUGUGCAUUUAUAAAUGCAAUUAUUUUUCUUCAAAGAAGUUUGUGGGAUUUAGUGAUACAAUUUUAAGAAAUGAUGAAUAAAAAGUGGGUUUUAUUUUUUAAAGUAUGUAAAAUGCAAGUUUUAAUAAUGAUAUAUCUGACUAAAGUUCAUCUGCAUUUUUUCCUGGGUAUAUAAUGAAACUUGAGGAAAAAAAAUGAGAAUUUCUGAAUCAACUGUAGUUUUGUUUUGAAAGUAUGUUUUAAGAAUAAGCUAUACUAUUUAUUAUAAAAGCAAAACAAUUGUAAAAUUGAUAAAUGCAGACACAUGUCAUCCAAUUUCUAUAUAUAGAUUUUAUUUUUUCUCUAUUUUUGUUAUUCUCAUUCAGUAAGAACUCAGAUAUUUUUAUGAACAUCUUUAAUAACUUAUUCACCCAGUUAACUAUUACAAUUUUUUCUUGAAAAGACAAAAGUCUGAGAUACAAAUGAUAUAUCAAUAUAUAAAUUUUUGAUUGUAGAUUUUUUCUUGAAAAGACAAAGUCUGAAAUAAAAAUGUGAUAUCAAUAUAUAAAUUGUUAAUGGUAGUUGCUCACUUGUGUGUGAGAAUGUAUGCACAGUGUUAAUAGUACACAACGUCUUGCAGGUUUACGUUGGAUUAAGAGACAAAUUUCAUACAGAGAUACUGUAAAAUCAGAAAUUAUAGUGUGCAUUUUUUUCGAAAUAAUAAAAGCAUCCUAAAUUUUUUGGAAUUUACUAAAUAGAAAUACUGAACCCAACACAGAACAAUGUUUUGGGGUAAUAUAUACACUGUAAAGAUUUUAUCAUUUGAAAAUGUUUAUUUAAUAACUUUUUGUAACAGGGUAAAAACAUCACAUUAUUCAUGUGAAUGUAAUCUUGUUUUAGUACUGUUUAGAAUUUGAAACAAAGAAAUGAUAUAAAAAUAAGUUUUAACCUCGUGAUUUUUUUAUAGGAAUUAUGUAAUAAAUUUCCAUGACAAUUAAUAAAAAUUUUAUGUAUUGAAACAAGGUAUAUAUAGUAAUAGCUGAAAGUUAUUUUUAAUAAAUCAAAUUGAAAAAGAGCACAUGGCACAAAGAUAAACUAGAAGUUGAGAUUUGUCAUUAGGGUUUGAAAUAAUGAGUUUUGAGGACCUGGCCUCACAGCCAUAAAACUUUCGAGCAUGAUUUUGUACUCAAGACUCGAAAAUCAACCAAUCAAAUUGCUGGAUUUCAUGUUUCAAGCAUGAUUUUUGUGCGCAGAGCACUGAGCAAAGUUUUAUGACUUCAAUUCCUGACUAUGUUGAUUUCAAAGAUUUUUUCUUGACUUUCAAAAAAAAUUGUUCCUGGUUUAUCAGAUUUAAAAAAAAAUGAGAAUCAGCUAGGUAUUACAUGGUACACUUCUGAGUAUGAUAAGUCUAUAAGAUUAACAUAAGCGAAAAAGGGUAUAAGAUAAACAAAAUAAUUGUAAUGCUAGAUAGCGUCUUUUACUUUCUUGAAUUAAGAAUUGUUAUACUAAAAUAUAUGUAUAUGUGCAUGAAAUAUAGUUUGAAUAUUUACAUUUAAGAAAAACUAAUAUAUUUAUCCUAUGCAUGCAGUAGCAGUGGUAAAAGGGUCUGCUAGUAUAUUAUUGUCCAUUGUAUAAAAUCCUAGUCACAUUUGUGUGUAUUUCAAUUUUUAUGUUUUUAUUGAUAUAGAAUUUUUAUAUGCUGUGAUAUUUCAAACAUAUUUCCUUCUACUAAUCACAAGACAUUCUGAUUAUUUUGCCUGUGUAACCAUUAUAUAGGAUUGCAUAAUAUCUGUUAGUUUUAUAUUGAAUAAACGGGUGUUAGGUAUUUACUAUAAAGGUUAACAGACAUCCUUGAAUAAAACUAUUACUACACUAUUGUAAAUAGAAAUCUUUGCAUAUUAAAAUACAUAGUAUCUCUGACUGACUGCUAUUUUUUAAAUCAAUAACUAUUUCUUCAUCUUUAAUAUACAUGUAUAAAUGUUAAUAAGUAACGCAAGAUGCUUUUGACUUAUUGCUUUACAUCUUAAUUGAUUACAGAAUUUAUAAAAGAAAGUCUUUUUUGAGUUUGCUUUUUUUCAGUUUUGCUUUUCCGAAAUUCUUAAAUGUGGUUCAUCAGGGAUUUGAAUGAAAGCUUUAUUUAGAUUUUUGUUGUAAAAAGAUAAGCUUAUUUUCCUCUCCAAAGAUUUUCUUAUUUUUAUAGGGGUUUGGCUAUUUUCUCAACGUAUCAGAUGUUUGUGUCACCAGAUUGUAUGACAUUUUUAUAGUUUUGUUUUUGAUGUGAAGACAAGUUUCCCUUUCAAAUUGAAGAUUGAUUGUUUCACUUGUUGAAUUUGAAUUAUUUAACUGCGGAGACUGUUGUAUAAUGGGUUUCUUACAUAGCAAUUUAUUUCUAAACGUGUUCAUAAUCUUAUAUUAGAAUUUUUUGUAAUAAGUUAUGCAAAGUUAAAUAACUAAUCAUGAACAAAUUAAAUACUGGUGAAAUUAUUAAGGUAAAGGUUGUAAGAUUUUGUACUAACAAGUGAUGUACAUAAAACAAUGUAUUUAUUGUAUGUUGUACCAGUAUAGCCAGUUAUUGCCUUGUGUAUAUAAUGGUGAAUAAAAACACUUUUUUAUUGUAGAGAAA